UAAGAGGAUCUCUCUACUCUCAUUGGUCUUUUGACGACAUUGAUUUGUGAGUGACGUUCGGCUCAAGGACAGAACUUGCAGGUGAAGAACGGACAAACAGACUGUCCUGCUACAUUUCAGCCAUUGUGGAAGCUUUCAUUGAAGAGGAACAGCGAUGCAGAGGGAGAUGCUGUAGGAGCAAAGCUCACCGAUAUCAGGUCAUCUCCGGGCGUCUUUCCCUUUGCAAACACAUCCCUCUUACUGACUUCUCCACAGAGUAGAGCCAGUGUAUGCCACCUUUUCCUGUGUUUCUCCGGAUGGAUACCCGUCCCGGCUCCCCUCCUUCCUCCAUGGUGGCAGGCCCUUCCUCGCUGUGGCGGCUGGCUGAUAGGAGGAAUAGGAAGUCUGGCUCAGCGAACAUUUUCAGCAACGUGAAUCUGUGGCAACUCCAGAGACUAUUCAGGGCAGCGGGGGAUCAGGAUGCGGAGCAGAGGGCUCAGCUGGUUUGGGGCCAAGGAGAUGAGGCUGAACUGGCUCAGGCACUGAUAGGACUGAGGGCCCGAAGUCUCACAAGAGGGCUGAGGGCUAACGGGAGACAGGCACUGGGCUCACACUGGCUGCGAGCAUUCAAUCACCUCAGGAUCGGGGAGAACUCACCAAGCAGCCAGGGGAAGGAUCCCGUGGAGGAGAGCGAUUCUGAGGCAGGAGCACACAACAGUCCAGAGCCACGCAGACACUCCUCCGUAGGGACAACAGGAAGAGGAACAGGGGCCACAGUGGCACUAAAUGAGAGCCAGGGCCCUGCAGGGACUUCUGAGAGACACGUUAGAAGCAGCUCAGGACUGAGGAGAGGAGAGAACAACACAGAGCGAUACCUCCACAGAAUACUUCACUGACUUCACCGAAGCCUCUGAACUGACUUUUAGUUUGUACGUGUGAGCGUCUGCCAGCACUUCAGUGUCACAGCUGGCUCGUCCCUCCUGAAUACUGUUCACAGUACCGGAGCUAGGCUUGAAUUAACUUCUGGGAAAAACAACAAGUGAAACUGUAUUGCAGGUUGAAAGAUAACAAUAUUUUCUCAUAAUACCAUAAUGUCUGGUCUUUACUGGCGCUGAUCAGCAGUAUUCUGACACUGCACUGUGACUUGUUACAGAGACCUCCACCUGAAAACUGAAGGCUCACGCUAACUAUGCAUACUGAUCAUUAAGGACAGUGUUGUGACUUUUAAGUAGUUUUGUAGUUCAAGUAGUGAACAAGUUGGUAAUUAUGAUCACUGUAAGGCAAAUACGUCACUUUAGAAAUCUUAAAGUACUGAUAUUGUAAUAUAUGGCUGCAUUGUGGAUGAACUUUUCAACCGUUUUAGCCACUACUGUGGUAUGUUACACAACAUUAUAAAUGGGUUAGAGUGCAAUGGGAGCAAUGUUAGGUGUCAUGAGAUGUAAAAAUGCAUUUCCAUAUUCUGCACAUUUAGAGAUCAGGUGGACAACUCUGUCUGGGGACCAAACAUAAAAAAUGUUCCUUCACUGAACGGGGGAAACUUGCAAAAGUAAUGUUCUCAUAUUAAUAUGUUCAUGGUCACAGUGUGAAAGCCCACUUUGCCUAUGUCACCAACCUUAUCAGAUUGCUGGAAACUUGAAGCUUUUUGAUAAUACUGUUUGUUGUGUCAUUUUUAGAUUUAUGGUAAUAAAGAAGUGAGUCUUCGCA